CAUAGCUUACUUCCCAACCGAAGAAGAAAACAACAAAACAAGUUGGGUGUGUUAGCUAGCUAGCUAUGUUAUUAUUUUCUAUUUUCCCUGUAGUAAACUAAUAACUAAUAAGGUAAACAACUCAGUACUUUGACCAACCUAUAUCGAUACGUAGACCUCUGAUCAAUUUUGUAUCUCGUGCGCUUUACCCAUAAACCUUUUCUGGUAUAUUUGUUGUAGCUAAUUUAUGAGAUGCCUUCAUUUUUACCUACGGUGGCCGAACAACUCUUCAAAGACAUACAGAAGACAUACCAAGAGAAAACUCAAAUUCCUGAUGACCUGCUUAUUGCGCUGAGGUUUGUGUUUGGCUCCUGUGCCCUGCAGUCUUUGGACCUGGUGGACCAGCGCUCUGUCACCUGUGUCUCAUCCCCCAGUGGACGGAGAGCAUAUCAGGUGAUUGGAGGGUCAGGGCUGCUGUACACCUGCUACACCUCCUGUCACUACUGCUCCUGCCCAGCCUUCGCCUACGCUGUGCUCAGGAGGAACGAGAGCCUGCUGUGUAAGCACAUCCUGGCUGCCUACCUCAGUCAGGCCAUGGGGCUGUCCCAGCAGGAGACCCUGUCUGACCAGCAGAUGUCCAGCAUCCUCUCUGGGAGAGCAGUAAGAACUAACACGUAGAGCACCAGACCCCAGGUCACUCAUCCAGACCUACAUGUAGAACACCAGACCGCAGCUACAGACCCAAAGCACAGACACGUAGAGCACAACCCAACAGGUCAGUGAUCCUGACUCAAAGCCACACAGCACCAUCUGAGACCAACCUACUACAACACAUCUUGAGGAAAGACGUUAAAAAAGGCAAAGUCUACAGCUGCUGUAUGGUCUCCUCCAGUCUGUCUGCAUGUGUGAAGAUUACUUUUAUGGCUUUUAGGUCAUUGUGCUGUUCUUCUAGAACUCUGGUGUGGUUCUCUGCUUUCUGAAAAUCAAAAGUCAACAGAUGUUGCUGUUUUUUGUGAGUGUGUUUGUGUUCUUAAUCUGUUGCCAGAGAAUGUGCAUCUGUUCAUUGACUGUAUUUUAAGACUCCUUUUAUCUGAAGACAAGUCAGUCACCAUAUGGUGCUGCCUGCUGAAAGGGAACUGUAAAGUUAAGACAUUUUACUCAGUCCAGUCGUUCAGUGACCAGAGAGUACAAAUAUGUUUGUGUUUUGUAUAUUUAAGUAUUUGUUCUGAACUUAAAACAUUGUGAGCUAAAUAAAUGAAAAUUGUUAUAUGUAGGUUUGUAAACUCUUCCUGUAAGAAUAUGAGUCUGAUCUGUAACAAUAUGAACAUAGCUUUUAUUAACAAAAUAAUUCACCAUACAGAUUUCCUCAUGUUAAAUAGCAGUAUUGGUUUACAGUUGUAGUCAGUUGAGUGAAAUAAUAAUAAUUUGAGCAGGAAAAACAUUGAACAUCAUUGAAGCUCCAAUCAUUGACUGCACUGUUGGAGCUAGUAACAUAAGCAUUUCGCUGCACCUGCUAUAACACCUGCAAAUCUGUGUACGCGACCAAUAAACUUUGAUUUGAUUUGACGUGAACCACAGUUGACUGUUUAGGCUACUGAUUAUUGACAUCAAUACUGUAACACAUUUGCAAACACACAGGUUGGAAAACUACAUCAGCUUGUUCUUUAAUGUUUUUCUUCUUAAAUCGUUGGAAGGCAUCAUUCAGAAGUCACACUUGUUGAAGGCUUUACAACCCACAGUGUCUUGCAGGGUUGGGGCAGUUCCAUUUCAAUUCAAUCAACUCAGGAAGUAAACUGAAAUUCCAAUUCCACAUUUUUCUCAUUUAAGGAAAUUGGAUUUCAGUUUAUUUACUGAAUUUUGAUGGAAUUGAGCCCUUAUCUUGAUGCUAAGGUCACAUUUGAGUGAACAAAUAAUAGUAAUACCAGUACAAUGCAGUAUCCAAUGGAAUGUACUUGAAGUUUGGCACACUCCUAUAGUUUAGCCCUUGAAGUUGUAGAGAGGUGAAGGUUGAUGUGUAUGGUGAAGAAAUGAAAAACUAAGAAAUUAAACACAAUGGAAAUACUGUAUUUGUUGGACCCCUGUGCUAAGACAACGCUUGUCUUAUAUUCAUUAUAGAAGUUAAAGUGAUGCUACAGAGGUUUUGUAUAAUUUACAUUUUACAUUUUAGUCAUUUAGCAGACACUCUUAUCCAGAGCGACUUACAGUUAGUGAGUGCAUAAA